AUCGAGAUCUCCCAUUUGUGAUAUUUUAUUACACAUCUCUUCAUUCACACUCUCUUUGUCUCUCUCUCUUUUGCUAGUCUAGUCUUACUACUCUUGUCUCCAUUGUUCCGGCGAUGUUCCAACACGCGCCUUCUCCCAUUCACCUCAUCAUCGUCUUCUUCUCCUUCUUCACCAUUCUAUCACCCGUUUCACCAAACCCAGAAGAAACUGUCACAGUCCAGCCAUUCCGGGUCAAAUCAUCCCCACCCGCAACCAUACCCGCUUUCCCGGAGCAAUCAGAUUUCUCAGGCUGCCCUCUCGAUUUACCUGAAGACCUCUUCCACGGAAUCAAAUCAGCCUGCACCGGCAAAAAGCUCCACAAAGGACGAUGCUGCCCUGUUCUAGGCGCGUGGCUCUACUCUGCUUACUCAACCACUGCUCUUAGCCGCUCCAUUUCCGCCGCCGCCAGAAACGCAUCCUCCUCCCCGAUGACGCAAGAAGACAUGCCUUUGCUUCCCGAUGACUCGGAGACUUGCGUCGACGGAUUGGGGAAAUCGUUGAGGCAGAGAGGGAUUGAGCUCACCAGACCGAACGAGACUUGCGACGUCGUUUACUGCUACUGCGGAAUCAGAUUGCAUCCGUUGAGCUGUUCUGAGGCUUUUAGAGUUAACGAAGAAGGGAGACUCGUUGGAGACGAGAGGGUUACUAGAUUAGAGACUGAUUGUUUGAGUGGUAGCCACAACAAUGCUGAUAGAUUGUCUCCUCUGCUUGGCUGUAACAAGUGCUUGAACAGUCUCUAUAAGCUAAACCCGAAGAAAACUUCAGGUACAAGACACCCAUCGAAAGAAGAUCGAAACAGAACAGCAAAGAUGCACAACAAAGAUUGUGUCCUCAUGGGUCUCACUUGGCUUCUUGCUAAGAACCGUACAGCUUACUUCCCCACUGUCACUUCCGUCCUCCGAGCCGUCAUGCUCAACCAAGGUGGGGAGCCACGGUCGUGUGCUAUCGGCAGCGACGGCAUGCCCUUAGCCGUCGACUCUUCCGAAUUCUCUAGUGGCUUGGCAACUUCACUUCAGUAUCCGCACUGCUUGGUCCACUUCUUUCUUUACAGCGUCAUUACAUUAGUCUUACUAAGGUCGUGGUGACGUGGUAGUGGAUUUUGAUUGUGAUGUGGGCACGUGUUAUUACGUGAUUGGUUGAGUGAAGUGAAAUUCAGAUAGAAAAAGAGAUGGGCUUGGUUCUGUUCUGUCUUUGUAAAUUAGCUUUUUUGUUGUUGUCGUUGUUGUUGUAGCCAUGUUCUUUUAAACAUUAUUACAUCCAAAAAUUUGUCAAUUAAAAUUUGGAAAA